CAAUUAUAUAUUUCACUAAUUUAACAUCUUCAAAAUUAUAAACUUUAUAAUUUCACAGAUUUGAAUAGAAAUACUGAAAGAUUUCAAAUAGGUUAAAAUGAAGGAGUUUGUCAUCCUCUUGGGUCUUGUCUUAAUAAAAGACGUUGCCGGUGUAAAUUCUUAUACGGCUGAAGAAAUAUCGCCUCAUGGAAUUGUAGAUCUCUGGAACAAUUGUAAUAGUGACGUAGAAAUGGAGACUUUGGUUGGGAAUGAUGGAGAGCCCAUGAAGCCAUUGCUUUCCAAUAAGAACGUUGAAGAUUGCAAGAAUCGUGUGAAGAACAAUAUUUUUAUCUUAAUCGAUAAGAAUUCAGUCGAAGACUUUCAAAAUAUUGAAAAUGAAUCCUUCAUGUAUGUCCAUGAUGCAACAGAUGCCAUGCUUAAUGUGAAGAAAAAAGAAAUUGUUCCACAUCACAGCCCCAGUAAGAAAGAAUACAUGAUAGCAGAAUUAGUACCAAAACAUCUUAAAAAAGUCAUUAAAGUUUUGGACUUCAAACCGAUAUUACAACCUAUAUUGAAUCCACCAACGCAUCAUGGUGUUUUCACUGCUGAUUCUUCGGGUCGAUUGACAAUUCACUACGAUGCGAUAACAUAUAUAGAUUUCGGUGCUCAUGCAAUUUAUGAGAUUCUCGGAUUUAGGAGUACAGGUGAUAUUACAAAAAAUAUGUACUAUCAGACAGACGAAGAAUUAGUUCUAUCAAAUAAAUACAUACCGGGCCAAUCCUACAACGUUACUUGGAAAACUGCUAUGACAACAUUUGCAGCUAAUGUUCGUUUGACGUUGUGUUCAUUUUUCAUUGGAAAAACUACAGCCACCGUUGCUGCCAUUUUGAUUGAGGAAAAAAUUUCCAAAGAUACAAUUAAAGUUGAGAUAAUUGAAACCAGUACAACAACCGAGGCACCAGAAACAGAAAAACCCGCUGUUUCAACGACACAGCCGCCAACAGAAACAACUGGACAAACGCCAACAGGGACACCAUGCGAAACGACCACAGAACCAACAGCAACACCAGGAGCAACAAGCAACAUAAGAAUUACACUUCUUCUGUUAGUUCUCAUCCAGUUAGUACCAAUAUUUUUUAACUAAAAUUUAACAUGUAAAAAAAACAAAAAAUCUGAGAUUUGAUCAAAAGAAAUCAAAAUUUUGUUGAAUAAAUUGUUAAUGUUGACAAAGUA